GACUUCACAUCACCCCGCCCGUCUGCCUGCCGUCUCCUCCCUAAAACCUUCGCUGCGACCAUCCCUUUGAGCGUCUCUGUGGCUGUGAGACUGAGGGAGACAGAGCGAGAAAGUGAGUGAGAGAGAGAGAGAGAGAGAGAGAGAGAGACAACAUACACGCAGACUUCCAACAUCAUCUAGACUACCUGCUCCACCACGACAAGGAGGAGGAGGAGGACGCACAAGUGCAGGCGCGUCCAUGCGUGCCAGCCAAACAAGACAAUAAGCGGGCAAGUGGACCACAGAUCCAACAUUGGAAUAAGAGUUAGAACUCUUUUGGAAGAAGAGAACAAGACAGCCUAAAUGAGUACAUAGUAAAGAAGAGUCAUGCAUCUCAACAGAGAAGAAGAUAACAGCAAAGGCUCAGUGUCUCUCAGUGUAUUCCUGGUGUCUGUUGCAUUCGUAGUAUGUGCCGUUUGGCUGGUAGCUCUAUGUGGCGUCUGCACCUGGUGUCAGCGUAAACUGGGGAAGAGGAAUAAGCCCGGGGUGGAAGCUGCCAGCUCUCCAGAAUCUGUGAGAGGUCGAGGGGAAAAUAAAGCCAUCAAUGAUCUAGACAGAGACUUUUGGAAUAACAAUGACAGCAGCAACGUGCAACAGCGGUGGAGCUCUUACCCGCCCAAGGAGUUCCUCUUAAACAUGUCUCCCUAUGCUCCCUACGGAGACCCUCGCCUCACGCCCAAUGGGGCCGUGGAUAAGGGUGGGCAGGGCGGUGCUGGACCCUCGCCGGGGGCCAGCGACAGCGGGGGUGGUGCUUGCUCUGGGACUGGGGCAGGGCCCAGUCGCAGUGACAGCGUUCGGAGCAUGGUGACGGGGGGCAGCAAGGUCGGGCGCUGGCAGACGAUCCAGAGCCACAUGCAUGCCGGAGGCCUGCGGUUUAGCAAUUUUGGGGAUGCUUCCCUUUCGUCUGCUUCCACCCUGGAGCACAUCCCGUCCUCGGCCGUGGCACGCCCUCGGCCCCUGGUCCGGCAGCAGAGUCUCCAGCAGCCCCUUACUCACCAGCCCCCUCCGGGUCCUAACGACCCCCCAGUUACCUCCCAAAGCCUGGGCCAACUGCACACAGGCCCAGGCGGCGGGGGCCACCGUGGGGGCCCGCGUGGGGUCCGGGGGAGUCCGGCUGGAGCCUCCCGGUACAGAGCAGGAGGGGCGGGUCGAUCAAGGUCAAAUCCUGGCAGCUGGGAUCACAUGGUGGAGCAGAUUCGCAACAGAGGGCUGGACGUCAAGUCGUUCUUUGAGGGGAAGAUGGUUGUUUUGUCUCUAGCAAUCGGGCUGGCUGAACAGGAUGACUUUGCCAACCUCCCAGAUCUACAGGAAGCCCCAGCAAGCAAAGAAAACGACACCACACCAGAAAAGAGGACUCCAGGUAACAAACCAGGCAGCAGCCCCAGAGGUCAGACCCCAGACGAGACCGGACGCCGCCACGAUGCCAACUCCUCUGUUUCAGACUUAGCCAACUCAGUCACCAGUGACAUGCUCAUGUUGUCUCCAGGUUCAGAGGAAGAUGAUCACGAGGGUCCAGUGUGUGAGAAGCUGGGUCGUAUUCAGUUCAGUGUUGGAUACAGUUUUCAGGACUCGACCCUCACUGUCAAAAUCCUCAAGGGCCAGGAUUUGCCUGCUAAGGACUUUUCCGGCACCUCUGAUCCGUUUGUUAAACUCUACCUGCUGCCAGACAAGAAGCAUAAAUUGGAGACUAAAGUCAAGAGGAAGAAUCUAAACCCCCACUGGAAUGAGACCUUCCUGUUUGAAGGGUUCCCCUACGAGAAAGUGGUCCAGAGGACUCUAUACCUGCAGGUUCUCGACUACGACCGCUUCAGCAGGAACGACCCCAUAGGAGAGGUGUCCAUCCCCCUCAACAAACUGGACCUGGCCAACAUGCAGACUUUCUGGAAGGAGCUGAAACCAUGCAGUGAUGGCAGCGGGAGUCGCGGGGAUUUGCUGGUGUCUCUGUGCUACAACCCCACAGCCAACACCAUCACUGUGAGCAUCAUCAAAGCCCGCAAUCUCAAAGCCAUGGACAUCGGAGGCACUUCUGACCCCUAUGUAAAAGUGUGGUUGAUGCACAAGGACAAGCGUGUGGAGAAGAAGAAGACAGUGGUAAUGAAGCGCUGUCUGAACCCUGUUUUCAACGAGUCCUUCCCCUUUGACGUGCCUGCCCACGUGCUGAGGGAGACCACCAUAAUUAUCACCGUCAUGGACAAGGACAGGCUCAGUCGCAAUGAUGUCAUUGGAAAGAUUUAUCUUUCAUGGAAGAGUGGUCCUGCAGAGGUAAAACACUGGAAAGACAUGAUGGGUCGUCCUCGCACUGCCGUGUCCCAGUGGCAUGCUCUAAAGGCCUGAAGGAACCCAGCGACACAACCUGCCUACAGUGUUUUUUCCUCAGAAUUCAGCAUCAGCCUCUCAGCCCCUGCCCUCAGCACAUAUCUCCUGCCCUCUAACUGCAGCCUUGUACUGCAGAUAAUGUGUCAUCUCUUUGUUCUCAGGCCUCUUUGAUAUCCUCUGCCCCUCAGUCCUCGUGACACCAUCCUUAAAAUUUCACCCUUUUCAACUUCUGAUUCCAACCUAACCCAUCCCCCCUUCGCUCCCUCUCUUUGUCUGAACUAAAAAAAAUGUCUUUGAUGUCUUUACUCACUUCCUCCUUGUGCCCUCUUUCUAUGAGAUCUGUUGCAUCUUCUUUUUUUUCAAGAUACCCCUCAGUGUUUCCUCCCCUGUGUGAAACAUUCCAAGUGUCAAACAUCAGAGCAGUACCUCUUGCCACACAUGAAUACAAACUACCAACCAAAAAUGGAUCAUACUGAUAUUCCAACCGUCCUCUGUGGUGGCAAGACGGGUUGCGUUCAAACAUGCAUCUGAGUGUGAAACCUGCUGACCUGUGCAACCCAUUUACCACCCUACAUCUGGUGUUGCAGUGAGGAAUCUUCCACUCUGCUCCUCGCCUCUUUGUUCAAGUUCUUUUCCAUUACUGUCACUAUUUCUCCAUUUCCUUAAAAAGCCUGACAAAUCAGGAAAACUGACACAGGCAAUGGAAGAGCGAUGGGUUGUAUUUAAAAUGGAAUUAGACUGGAAUUGGACUCUGUCACUCAACUUAUGUUUGAUCUUUUUUCACUUUUCACUCUUUCUCUGGCACCGCUGUAAUAAUUCUCCCUUGGCUGGAACCCUUUGUUGUCUGUGCGUGCUGUGGGUGAUGUGCUGUAACCCCAAAUGAAGUUCUCUAACAGAAAAAAAAAAGGAUAUGAACAUGAACAUUUAACACUGGUCCGAUGAGGGCAAGCGUCAAAAAAAUGUGUUCUUAUUUUCUUGGAAAACAAAUCCUGAUGGACAUGAAAAAAAAAAGAGUUAAGUGAUUAAUGUUGUGUUUUAUUUAUUUAUUUUGGUUUUCAAAAGAACUUAGAGAAUCAACUUGUUCUUCCAGACACAGAAAAUAAGCAAAAAGCCAGCUUCCAUACGUGUGGAAGCGUGGGUUUAUGGAUGUGUGUUUGUGUGUGUGUGUGUGUGUGUGUGUGUGUGUGUGUGUGAGCGAGCGAGAGAGAAAGAGAUAAUGGGUAUUUUGGACUUACACAGCUAAAUUAAAGAUAUUGUUGAAAACAGCAUUGCCCUUGAUAAUGAUGGUAAAAAUAAUGUAUUGUUGGAGUUUGUGGUGUUCAAGUUAGCUGAAGACAAAGGGGAGGUCACUGGGGUUAAAGGGUCAGUUCACCAAAAUCACAAUAUUUUCUUACUCCUACCGCAACCCAGGUAGACGCUGCUGCAACCCCAAAUACGAAAAAGAUUAGGGUUUCAAUGUGGUGCUCACUGCAUUUAAAAUGUCUUUUCCAAGAAAUUCAACAGCAGCUUGUUUUUCCAGAAACAGUGCUUUGGUUAAUCGGAUAAUCCACAAACCCGUCAGUGAAUGGUUUUCAUUGGGACUAUAAGAAAUUGGUGAAAACAUCUGACAACAACAUCUGUCCUCAACAGCAUCAAUAAUUACUUGAGCACUUCAAACUCAAAUUCAAUUUGCUUCCAUCACAUUUUAGUCUCUGUGGCACCACAGAAACUAAAACUGCAACUUUCUGCAUGGCUUGACACCAGUAGGGGUACAUGAUAAAAAAAAAAUAAAAAUCUUAACUCAUUUUCCCCUUACUAGCUUUUUACUGCUGAUGUUUUUUUCAACAGCAUCUCACAGUUUUCUUCAGCAGAUGGAGUUCAAUCCAAGAACACAUGGUCGUAAACUUGCACACAGUGGAAUUGGCACAAAUAUGUGCCAUCAUCAAGACAUUAGUGACAGGGCCAGCGGGGCACCAGGAGGACUGUGAGAUGCAGUGAAAAGGAAAACGCUAGAAAGUGGAGCUUGAGUUUAGAGUUUUGUCUUGUCAAACUACUGAAUACUUUGUGAUUUGGGUGAACUGAUGUAAUUUAUGUAAGUGUGUUAGAUAGAGUUACAGAUAGUAAAAUGUUGAUGUAGGUAUUAGACCUGAAUUUCAGUUAUUUUGGGGGGGUUGUAGUAGGUACAAGUCAAUGUCCCAGUUGUUUGCUUUACCGCCUGAUUGUAACCUCCCCCCAAGUCCAGUACAGAGAACAGAUGUGCUGAUUCUAUGAAUGACAGUAAUAAUAUCUGGGGGGAAAAGUCUUUUUACAUUCCACUGUUCGUUUUUGUCUACUGAUUGUGCGUGUGUUUGCACUGUGGGUGAGUGUCUUCAAACUUUAGGUUGUGUGAUUGUAUUUGCUGUGAGUCCCUCUGUGUGUCUGUAUAUAUCUGCACUGAGUUCUAUUUUGGGAGUUUAAUACAGAACAACAUUGUUUACCGUUUUUAUUCUGUAUGAAACAAUCCAGAUGUACAAAGAAAUAUGUUUUUUUAAAAGUUGUCACUUCUUUAAGAAUCACUGCACUUGUUAACGACGAUGCUGGCACAAACCUCUCUUCACAGCAGGGUUGUUUUUUCUCAUGUGUGGUUUGAAAAGGACGUUUGGUUUGGGAGGAGGCAAAUCAGUUAUACAUGAGCUGAGAGUGAAGGUCAAAGAAAAAAAUGUCACAAACAAGCUUUACAACAACCCUAGAUAAAACCUGUUUUCUUACACCACCAUACAUCCGAUUUUUAGUUCAGACAGAAGCAGCAGCUAGCAACAUUUUGUCCUAUCUGUCCUUCUUAUCUGGCUCGAUUUGAUUCACCAACACCAAAAAAAGAAAAGAAAA